CUAGGGAGCAGUAUAAACAGUCACAUCAUCUAGGUGCAUUAAUGAGGAGUCUAGGGAUGGCUGUGUUCAAACAACAGAAGGUGGAAGACGUUUAUGAAAUUGGGGAAGAGCUAGGAAGUGGCCAGUUUGCGAUAGUGAAGAAAUGCCGAGAGAAAAGCAGUGGCGUGGAAUAUGCUGCCAAAUUCAUCAAGAAGCGUCAGAGCCGGGCCAGCCGCCGUGGGGUGAGACGUGAGGAAAUUGAGAGGGAGGUGAACAUUCUGCAGCAGAUCCUGCAUGCCAACAUCAUCAAGCUGCAUGACGUCUAUGAGAACAGGACAGAUGUGGUCCUCAUCCUUGAGCUAGUGUCUGGAGGAGAACUUUUUGACUUCCUGGCACAGAAAGAGUCCCUGAGUGAGGAGGAAGCAACCAGAUUCAUUAAGCAGAUUUUAGAUGGUGUUAACUACCUCCAUGCCAGGAAAAUUGCUCAUUUUGAUUUAAAGCCUGAAAACAUUAUGCUUUUAGACAAGAAUAUUCCUCUUCCACACAUAAAAGUCAUUGACUUUGGACUAGCCCAUAAAAUAGAAGAUGGAGUUGAAUUUAAGAAUAUUUUUGGGACACCAGAAUUUGUAGCUCCAGAAAUAGUGAACUAUGAACCACUUGGACUACCUGCAGAUAUGUGGAGCAUAGGAGUCAUGACCUACAUACUGCUCAGUGGCGCAUCACCUUUCCUUGGAGAAACGAAGCAGGAAACUCUCGCCAAUAUCACAGCCGUGAAUUAUGAAUUUGAUGAGGAAUCUUUCAGUCACACCAGUGAUCUGGCAAAAGACUUUAUUAGCAAACUCCUGGUAAAAGACACACGGAAGCGGCUAACAAGUCAAGAAGCUCUCACUCAUCCUUGGAUAAUGACUCAUCAGUUGAUCGAAGAAACAAAAGUCCAAGAAAACAAAAAGGCUGAGCACAGUCAACUGAAGACAAAACGUCUGAAAGAGUACACCAUCAAGUGCCAUUCAAGUAUGCCACCAAAUAACACCUACAUCGACUGUGAGCGCUUUGCCCAGGUGGUAGAAGAUAUUUCUCUGAUGGAACAUGGUUUCAGCACUCUGGCUAUGUCCCACGACUCCCUGCAGGAGGACAUUGAUGCGUUAGUUUCCAUAUAUAAUGAAAAAGAAACUUGGUACAAAGAAGAAAAUGAAAGUGUGAGACACAAGCUUUCACAGCUGAAAUAUGAGCACCGUAAAAUUGAAUCUCUGAAGAAACAUCUGCAGGAUGACAUCAAGACUGUAGGUUCUAGUCUUGCAAGUGUUACAGGGAAAUAUAUUGAUCUAAAGUCUCAGUAUGAAUCUCUGAGUCAGGAUCUUUCUGAAGAACUCAGGUGGAUACAGGAUUUAAUGAGUAGCUUUCAGCUGGAGAAUGCAAAUGAAGCAUGUGUAAAUGGAAACUUUGGCUCUGUUUUCAACAAAGAUAUUAAUGAAUCACUAAUGGAGCUGUUAAAUAGAUCUUGCUGUGAAGAAUUCCUUGCAGGCUUGAAUCUUGAUGUUGCAGAAUCAAGUCAGUGAUGUUGGAUAACAGGUGCUAAUGUAGAUUUUUGUCUAUCUUGCUGUCUGUCUCUCUCAAUGUGCAGCAGUAAAAAAUCAUCUGAGUGUGUAACUUCAGCACAACACUACCACCUCUGCAUUAAAACAGCGAAAUAAGCAUGAUGCACAAACUAGUGACAGUAGCCUAUCCUCUUCCAUGGUUUUUGUGCUGAUGUUGUGACCAGCCCAUUUUUUUUUUUAACCCUUAGAAUUAGAAAGCACUUUGUUUUAGGGGGCGUGCAAUAUGGAGACACACAAGUCCUAAAAAUUAUUAGAUAAUUCACUUGAAUUUUUUAAAAAACUAUUUCACUUCUUAUUUACCAGCUACAUGUGCUUUGAAGUCUAUAAAAUCACCUGAUAGGUAGGUGACCUCAUCAUUCUUGUUCGGAUGAGGGAAAUAGUCUUGCAGACUUGCUGGGGGAGCAGAUAAUUAAACUUAUGAAGAUUAUUGCAGCCCUUUAAAACGGAACAAAAGAUGCAGUGAUUUAUCAUUUCACACCAUGAAACUCAUAGCUAAAGAAGAAGAGUUAGAGUUAUUCUAUAAGCUAGUUAUUCAGGGUAUAGUCUCUCACUGUCAUUAGAUGUUAGAACAGAGGUCCCAAAGCUGCGGGGAGUGUUCCCCUAGGAAGGCGCAGAAGCAUGUACAGUGGGUGCAGCUGGGGCUUGGGCCAGCCCCAUGGAAAAGGAGGGCCACCCCCAAUCCGCUCCCAUGUCCCAGCAGCCAAGUGUUCAGGCCCUGGCUGCUGGCCUUGUCCCCGAGCUGAGAUUCUGCCUCUGGCCUCAGCUGUGGCUCCAGCCUUGGCGCUUAACCCAUUCCCAGAAUUAUGCCCCCCCCCAGCCCUGGCUCAAAGAGGGGUGAAAUGAACAGGGUUAAGGGGUGACACAAGGUAAAAAGUUUGGGGCCCACUGUUUUACUAGUCUUUUAUUGUGGUGUUCUUGCCAUAAAAACAGGUACCGUAUUUUCCGGCGUAAAAGACGACUUUUUAUACUAAAAAACAUCCCCCAAAAAUCGGGGGUCGUCUUAUAC